GUAGACGGGCUCUGACGGUGCUAUUUUACUGCAACACUGAUAUUCUGAAUAAAAUAAACAAUACGAAAAUCAACAACAGCAAUAAUAAUACAUUGUUAUCUAGUGCACAUGUUUCUGAAGUGAUAAUUUUAAUUGCUUUCAUUUAUUUAUUUAUUUAUUUUGUCACACCCAAGCUUUUAUAUGAAUCUCAUGUGACCUGCAUGGUGUGAGCUGCCAUCAUCGAAAUGCAUGCAUUUGUUUUGGGCAUUUGCACCAUUUCGGAAGUGUCUCGGAUCGCCGUACUUUGCCUCUUUAGAAGGAUCUUGUCGUCGGAGGUGGAAGAUGCUGAAUGCUGCAGCAGCCGACCGAAAUAAAGAGCCGAUCCUCGAUGUUUUAAGAAGCAGAGUGGCAUCAGACAGGCCCCUGGUCGCUCUGGAAAUAUCUUCUGGCACAGGACAGCAUGUCGUCCACUUUGCCAAAGCGUUUCCCAACAUUACAUGGCAACCGUCUGAGAUCGAAUCGCAGUCGAUAUCGAGUAUUGAGGCAUACCGAGAGCAUCAUAAGCUGCAGAAUGUAAAGCCGCCCAUGUAUCUGGAUGUGUCUCAGAGCUGGGAGAACUGGACCGGACUUCAGCCCGAGUCAUGUGACCUCAUCGUGAACAUCAACAUGAUGCACAUCUCCCCUCUGGCCUGCACUACCGGUUUGUUUAAUGGUGUUGGAAAAAUACUGAAGCCACAAGGACUGCUUCUGACUUAUGGGCCUUAUGCUUUCAAUGGAUCAAUUACUCCUCAGAGUAAUGUUGACUUUGACCACAGCUUGAGAUACAGAAAUCCAGAGUGGGGUCUAAGAGAUGUGUCAUUACUGAAGACGCUAGGUCAGGAAAAUGGACUGCGAUUGGAAGAAAUUGUGGAUAUGCCCGCCAACAACAAGUGCUUACUGUUUCACAAGGACAGCGUGGUUUAAUAGAAUAACACUCACUGUGUUUACAAUCGAGCGGACGAACUCCGCAGUGUUUCAACGGUUCAAAGAUACUGAAUAAUACAACGGCUUUGCUGAAAUUGAUCGUCACUCUCUUUCUGGAAAUUUUUUUUUUUUCUUCUUUUUUUUUCAAACCAAAGGAAAUUCAUUAUAAUUUAGACAGAUGCUUCAAAUGAUGUGCACUUAAUAUUGAUCAAGCUGUAUCCAUGCAUUUCUUUGAUCAUCCUCAUUAGUCAUCUGGAUUCUAGUCCUGCAGGGUUGUUUCAAGAUUUACCCGUCUUGUAAUAUCCACUUUAAGCUUGUUGACCAACCACUAUGUGAUAAAACUUGAUCAAAUGUGUGUUUUGAAUGCAACAUGAGUUGCUUUUGUUUUAAGCCUUAUGCAUACAUGUCAAUUUACAUUACAUUUACAUUUAUUCAUUUAGCAGACGCUUUUAUCCAAAGCAUCUUACAGAUGAAGACAAUGGAAGCAAUCAAAAACAACAAAAAGAGCAAUGAUAGAUAAGUACUAAAACAAGUCUCAGUUAGGUUAACACAGUACACGUAGCAUGGGAUUUUAACUAAUAUAAUAAAUAAAAAGAAAACAGAUAGAAUAAAAAAAAUAAAAGAAUAGAGCAAGCUAGUUAGAGGUCUUUACACAUACACACACACAUACAUAUACAACUGCAUAAUAAAUGAAAAGAAAAUAGAAUACAAAAAGAUUAGAAAGGUAGUUAGAUUUUUUAAAGAAUAGAAUAAGAAUAGUGAGUGUUAAAGUUAGAGGGUCAAAUAAAGAUGGAAGAGAUGUGUUGAGAUGAGAUGUGAUUCUUGAAGAUGUAAAUUUAUACUUUUAAUCCAACUGAUGGAUAACAUCAAUUCAGUAACAGUUGCAAUGAAUAUAACUUCAUUAAGAAAUUUCUAUGCCAAUAGCUAAAUACAUUUCAUGCAUUUUUUUUUUUUUUACGAAACACUAAUAUUAGCUGCACUGUAAAUGUAUUUUCUGCUCUUGAUUAUUCAACUGACGUUCCUUGAUCAAUAAAGAAUAUCAGUGUGUUAUCUUGCA